GAUAAGUGGAGAUACAAGCAAGCAUUCAUGGAGACUCAUAAAAAGAUCAAAAUUGCUAGGUUAAGAAAAAAGAAUUUCAGAGAAAUGGAAGCGCUUAUUGCUUUCAAGAAUUGGGCUGGCUUAAAUGCAUGAACUGUAUGCACUGGUGGUGAGUGACCACUGCUUAUCUCAAGGAUUAAGCCAUCGCUUCUUGAUAAAACAGCUGAAAAUGACAUUUGAGGAAGGAUUCAUUUCAACACAGCAUGCAUGUUCUCUCAAGAAGCGUACUUCGAUUUCACAUGUUCCAAGCUCUUCAAUUUUUUACUUACUUCGGUAACAACGGAUGUUUGAGCCUGGCGGGUAUGAAGAUGCUUGGAAGGUUUACGAGUCGAUGGAAACAGAUAAUGUUCUUCCAGAUCACGUGACAUGCUCUAUUAUGAUUAUUUUUAUGAGAAAACUUGGCCAUAGCGCAAAAAAUGCUUGGCAAUUUUUUGAGAAAAUGAAUAGAAAAGGAAUCAAAUGGGGCGAAGAAGUCCUUGGUGCAUUGAUAAAGUCGUUUUGUGUCGAGGGUCUGGUGAGUGAAGCUCUCAUCAUCCAAUCUGAAAUGGAGAAGAAAGGGAUUUCUUCAAAUGCAAUUGUGUACAACACUCCGAUGGACACAUAUUGUAAAUCCAAUCGGAUAGAGGAAGCCAAAGGCCUUUUUGUCGAGAUGAAAGCGAAAGGGAUUAAACCGACUGCAGCUACCUUCAACAUUCUAAUGUAUGUGUACAGCCGAAGAAUGCAACCUAAGAUUGUAGAGAAUCUUCUGGCAGAAAUGCAGGAUUUUGGGUUGAAGCCAACUGCCAAUUCGUAUACUUGUCUAAUCAGUGCAUAUGGGAGGCAGAAAAAGAUGAGCGACGUGGCCGCAGAUGCAUUCUUGAAGAUGAAGAAAUUCGGUAUAAAACCCACUUCACAUUCCUAUACAGCGAUGAUCCAUGCCUAUUCGGUUAGUGGCUGGCACGAGAAAGCUUACGUGGCAUUCGAAAACAUGAUCAGAGAAGGUAUUAAACCUUCGAUAGAAACCUACACUACAUUACUAGAUGCAUUCAGACGUGCUGGUGACACAGAAACAUUGAUGAAAAUAUGGAAGCUGAUGAUGAGCGAAAAAGUUAAAGGAACGCAGGUUACAUUCAACAUUCUUGUGGACGGUUUAGCCAAACAAGGUCUCUUCAUGGAAGCAAGAGACGUAAUAUCCGAAUUUGGGAAGAUUGAAUUACAACAGACAGUGAUGACAUAUAAUAUGCUGAUAAAUGCAUAUGCGCGAGGAGGGCUAGACUCGAAGCUUCCGCAGUUGUUGAAAGAGAUGAAAACUCUUAAAUUAAGACCAGAUUCUAUAACAUAUUCAACUAUGAUAUAUGCUUUUGUCCGCGUUCGAGACUUUAAGAGGGCAUUUUUUUAUCACAAGCAGAUGGUCAAGAGUGGGCAGGUGAUGGAGUUAAGUUCUUACCAGGGAAAAAAUAUGAGUUCUGGAAGUACAAGACAGGACAUGUGAAAAGAACAUAGUUCUGAUGUUGUUGAUGUAUAGUAUAGUAAAUAUAACUUGUAAGUUCAAUUUUUACACACUUGAGUUUCUUCAUUUUAAAUUUGAACAAUGUGUUAUCAAAUGCUGCUUCUUCAAUAAAAAAAAUACAUGUCACUCAUUUUCAGAUAGAUGUGGCUAGUUUGAAA